AUGUCUACAUGCUGCUGGGAAACUACAGCCGUACAGAGUCUGAAUCUCAAGGUCCCGGUAAAAAUAGUUGUAAUGUUUUGCUGUUGGUGGUGGGUGGUGGGGACAGUGAGUGGAAAUAAUGAAGAAGAGAAAAUCCAGUGGGCUGAGACCCAUGCAGUGCAUCCAGAAUCUGAAAUUUAUGGAUCUUUGACUCGGUUGGUUGGUGGCGGAGGGUUGGGUGUUGUGCUGCAGGACGGCACGCUUGUGUUCCCCAUGCAGGCCAAAGAGGAUGAAAAGGACCUUCUUAUGUCUAUGCGCUUCACACGGUCAGGGAGUAAAUGA